AUCCACUUCUCUCACCUUACUCGCCUCCGUGAUUUGGACUGACCUCCAUUCCUAAGAGAUGUCCUGCUAUGACCUGUGCCCCACCAACAUUGGUGGCAUCAGCCGCCCCCAGCCCAUCGCUGACAGCGGGAAUGAGCCAUGCGUCCGACAGUGCCCUGACUCCACAACUGUGAUCCAGCCACCUCCUGUUGCCGUCACCUUCCCUGGACCCAUCCUCAGCUCCUUCCCCCAGGAUUCAGUUGUGGGAUCCUCUGGAGCACCCGUCUUUGGGGGCUCCUCCCUGGGCUACAGGGGCCUGUAUGGCUAUGGAGGCUCCUCCCUGGGCUAUGGGGGCCUGUAUGGCUAUGGAGGCUCCUCCCUGGGCCACGGGGGCCUGUAUGGCUAUGGAGGCUCCUCCCUGGGCUACGGGGGCCUGUAUGGCUAUGGAGGCUCCUCCCUGGGCUACGGGGGCCUGUAUGGCUAUGGUAGAUCCUAUGGUUCUGGCUACUGCAGCCCUUACUCCUACCGGUACAACAGGUACCGCCGUGGCAGCUGCGGGCCCUGCUAAGCCAAGCAGAAAUAUUCCCCUCAUGGAAGAGAAUCACCAAUGGGUUCCCAACAGAAGAUCUCCAUGUUGCUCUGAUUCAAGACUACUGAGCUGUUUCUCUUCAGCCCCAUCAAAUUUAUCCUCUCAAUUCUACUUUCAGUUUCUACUAUAAUGCUUCUCCCUUCAUGUUUCCAUCAUACCUUGUGUAAAUGUAACAAAACUGCAGAAAUAAUUCCUGGUUGUUUAGAUAAACUAAAGCACAAGAAGGAAAAUGAAUCAUGUGAAUGAAUUCCUUGGUGAAGAUCAGUUGCUUAUUUUCUUGGAGACUCUGAAUGUGUAUUAAUUUCUCAGUAUCAUUAAAAGUUUAUUGCAUCAAA